UCCACGCUUCCCAUGAUGCAAUGCGGACAAAGCCGGCGGGGACGUUCAAAACUAUGGCGGAAGACUCGGCGAUAUUUAAAACAAUCACAAACACUGAAGAUGUAAAUAAGCAGUUUAUCGAUAACAGCGAGGACAGCAGGACGAGGAGGCGCCUUUCAUUUUCGCCUGAAAAUGCUGCUAACGACCCGGAAAAACCGAAUAUAUCAUGUAAAGUUAGAACGUUCAAGGAUGUUUCGGAGGACUCGAGUUCAGGCCGACUCUGUACGGAAAUGGCCGAACAAACAUCGUCCCCACCUCGAGCAGAAAAAUCGAGUUUGAAGGUGAAAAAUGCAAAAGAAAUGAGUGACUUUUCUUCUGAACAACGGAAUAAUGAGAAACAGACGAGUGUGGACACCAGCAAUGACAAGGAAAACACGACUAAUCCUUCUACAACCACAACAACAGGUAGGAAUGACCACUUUUCUACUUUCUGGCAUGAAAAUUAACUUUUCAAGAUAAAAGCCUGUGCAAAAUAUAAUUAUAAAACAGAGAGACUGAACCUAAGUGAUAGAAAACCACAAUACUGUGCAAUAAUUUUGAGAAGAAAGUGAAGAUUUCCUUAUGUAAGUUAAAAAAAUGAAUGAUUAAUAAUAAGAAGGAAAAAGUUCAAAUGAGUGGAUUUGAAGUCAGAUAUUAGAGGAGUCACAAUAAUAAGAAUAUAAUUCAUAAGUGUAUCAUGACUGUCCAGAUUAUGGAUUUUAAAUGUGAAAAUCAGGACAAAGUGAGUCAAAAAUGAAAGAGUCAGCCUUUAUAAGGGGAUGAAAAGUCAAGAUUAGGAGAUUGUUAAACCAAAGUUAUCAUAGUAAUGAGUUUUAUGAAUUAUUAAGUCAUAACUAUUGCGCAGCAAGUCACAAUCAUAAGAGAGUAACUGAUUAUUGUGAAUGAAAAAUCUAAAAUUAUGACAAACUCAUAUCAUAUAAUUAUAAGGCAAAGGUGACAAUGAUUAAAACAUCUAAAUUAUUAGAUUAAAAGUCAAAAUCAUGUGUAAAUUACCCAAAACUAAGUAUUUAUGGAUCUUAUCUGAACAGUCCCACAAUUCUGGAUCACUAUUCUUGGACUGUGGUAAAUACCUUUUAUUAUAAUACAAUCCCUGAUGGAUUUUAUUAACAUUUAACCAUCUUAAAUUGAGAGAACAGGGUCACAUGCUCGCUCUAAUUUCAUUAUCCUGUUAUUGAUUUGGGCAGAUGACUCCAGAGAGGAGAACUCUUCUGGUGAGAGAAACCCGCAGGAUUUCAGCGUGACUGUCGGUAAACAGCAGACCAACAAAGAGGACAUGGAUGCAGAGGUGGUGAGGAGAGCACAGGAGGAAGGCCUGGUGAAUGUGGUCUUCUCUGGCACUGUAACCCAAGAAGGCUGCUGUAGGUUCGUCAGCGAGAUCCUCAAGUGUAUCCUGUAUCAGAGACAGCAGCUACCCAUGACGUACGACCAGCUGGUGUACUCUCAGAAGAAGCAGGAGGCGUCGAUGCAGGUAAAUGAAGGAAGGAACAUCAGGAGAUUGUUUCUACCUGGUAUUUCUGGGAGAGUUUACCCAGAGGAUGCAGAUCCAUACCUGACAUUCAUGUGCAUCUUCACUUACAAUGACCACUUUUCUCACUACUUGGCUCCUGAACCAAAUGAAACAAGAAACUUCAAUCAUCCUAAUGUGCCUAAUAAACAAAAACCAAUAAAAACUGUGGGAUAUACACAAAUUCAAAGUAACACAAUCCUUAAAGGGACAUUCCAGCGUAAAAUUAAUGUGGGGUCAAAAACACCGUAACACCGAGUUAGACACCCCCUACAGAGAUGAAUGUUGCCUACGGCUUGCUUCUCUAGUUAUACCAACUUAAGUAGUUUUUUCGGUAAAUAAAAUCAACUAAAAAACUGAAGUUUCAGCUACAUAAUCUGUCAAAGUUCGGUCCAGUCUGUCAAACAUCCAGUCCUGCUGCUGUGGCAAGAUGACCAUGAACUGAGAAGAGUUAAAGCAGGUGUGACGUAAACAGAAAAUCUUUGUUUUUCAGGAUAAAGACUCUGUGAAUCGAAGGCCGGCCCCGUCUGCAAACACAGACUGGAGAAAGUGUCAACAGACCCUCCAGGAGCUGGAGGAGGUGCUGCAGCAGCUGGAGGGCCUGUUCUCCCUCAGCAGGGUUCCUCGUGUCCUGCUGCUCAUGGGCGGUUCUCUCAUCGUCCCCAAGGAGCUUUACGAGAUCAACAUGGAGGAUCUGGAAGUGGCUGCCGGCGAGCAGAGUUUACGCGUGUCCUCGUGUUUGAGGCAUCUCUUCCGCACUCUUUUCGUGGCCGACCUUUUGUCUGACAGCAAACCGGUGCGUCUGUUGCCCACCACAGUCUUAGUGCUGGCUCACAGGGACUGCGGCGUCACAUGGUUCCGCCCGAAGCUACAAUUCAAAGUGCCGACACGUGUAAAGACCCGAGUUAUCGCUCUUUCGAGUAACCUGAGGGCGGAGGAGUCGGACUGGCAGGAUUAUGUCUGGUUUCAGGCGCCUGUGACUAUCAAAGGGAUCGGGAAGUUAGCGUAAAUGUUCAGGAGUGAAAUCAGCGCUCUCUUUACGGAGCGGAUGUGAUACCUCUCAAUUUUAUUGGC